GAGUUCGAACCCAUUUUAUUUCUACCCGUUUACAAUCUGUUCAAACCCGACCAGCUGACCCAUUUUCCCACACCUAAUACAAACCCAAAUUUAUCUCAAACAGAGAGAAAGUAUCUAAAAUCUCAAGCCUUGUGAUGGAGCUACAGGCCCUCCACCGGGUGAAAAGCCAGCUCUAGUCUUGCGAGCUUUGCUUUCUGGAGAAGUUGUACAACCAGAGUUAAACCUAGUUCGUCCCGUCCGCUCUUCCUUCCCCUCGAUCUCUCUCAAAUUCUAUACUGUUAUCCGUCAAACCAACAUUCGAACCUAAUCUGUCCGAACCCACUUUCAAUCCAUAUUUCUCCUCUCAGUUCACUCUCAGUUGGAAAAUUUUGGGGCUUACACCCUGAUGCUCACAAUCAUCCUGCCGACACUGUAAUCCCCAUCUCUUUCUUGUCCGUCUGCGAAAUCCCGGAUUCCGUUGAAGCGUAAGGGAAGCACUCAUCAAAGGCUAGCAAGAUGAGGAUUAUGAUAAAGGGCGGCGUGUGGAAGAACACGGAGGAUGAGAUCCUCAAGGCCGCGGUGAUGAAGUAUGGCAAGAAUCAGUGGGCUCGCAUCUCCUCCCUUCUUGUUCGUAAAUCUGCCAAGCAGUGCAAGGCUCGCUGGUACGAGUGGCUCGACCCCUCCAUAAAAAAGACUGAAUGGACCAGAGAAGAGGAUGAGAAACUGCUUCAUCUUGCCAAGCUUAUGCCCACACAGUGGAGGACAAUUGCCCCAAUUGUCGGCCGUACUCCAUCCCAAUGUCUUGAGCGUUAUGAGAAACUCCUUGAUGCAGCAUGUGCUAAGGAUGAGAACUAUGAGCCUGGUGAUGACCCAAGAAAGUUACGUCCUGGAGAGAUUGACCCGAAUCCAGAAUCAAAGCCAGCACGUCCAGACCCUGUGGAUAUGGAUGAAGAUGAAAAGGAAAUGCUUUCAGAAGCACGAGCUCGGUUAGCCAACACGAGGGGCAAGAAGGCAAAAAGGAAAGCCAGGGAGAAACAGCUUGAAGAGGCCAGGAGGCUUGCUUCUUUACAGAAAAGAAGAGAACUAAAAGCUGCUGGAAUUGAUAAUAGGCACCGGAAGAGAAAAAGGAAGGGGAUAGACUAUAAUGCUGAAAUCCCAUUUGAGAAGAAGCCUCCUCCAGGCUUCUUUGAUGUUACUGAUGAGGAUAGAACAGUGGAACAACCUAAGUUUCCUACUACCAUUGAAGAACUUGAAGGGAAAAGAAGGGUUGAUAUUGAAGCACAAUUGAGAAAGCAGGAUAUUGCAAAGAAUAAAAUUGCUCAGCGGCAGGAUGCACCAUCUGCUAUCUUGCAAGCCAACAAGCUGAAUGACCCAGAAACAGUUAGAAAAAGAUCAAAACUGAUGCUUCCUCCACCACAGAUCUCAGACCAUGAAUUGGAGGACAUUGCAAAGAUGGGUUAUGCUAGCGAUCUUCUUGCAGGGAGCCAGGAACUCGCAGAAGGUAGUGGUGCAACACGAGCUCUUCUUGCCAAUUAUAGCCAGACACCCCGCCAAGGAAUGACUCCUUUACGAACUCCACAAAGAACACCUGCUGGUAAGGGUGAUGCUAUCAUGAUGGAAGCAGAAAACCUGGCCAGGUUGAGAGAGUCUCAGACACCAUUAUUAGGAGGAGACAAUCCAGAUCUGCAUCCUUCAGAUUUUUCAGGGGUCACUCCUAAGAAAAAGGAGGUCCAAACACCAAACCCGAUGCUGACCCCUUCAGCCACCCCUGGAGGCAUGGGUCACACUCCUCGAACCGGGAUGACACCAUCAAGGGAUGGUUAUUCUUUUGGUAUGACCCCCAAAGGCACUCCAAUUAGAGAUGAGCUCCACAUUAAUGAAGACAUGGAUAUGCAUGAUAGUGCAAAGCUGGAGCUUCGAAGACAAGCUGAAUUGAGAAGGAACUUGCGGUCUGGUUUAACCAAUCUUCCACAGCCGAAGAAUGAGUAUCAGAUAGUUAUCCAACCUGCUCCAGAGGAAAAUGAAGAACCAGAGGAGAAGAUUGAAGAAGAUAUGUCUGAUAGGAUUGCCAGAGAAAAGGCUGAGGAAGAAGCAAGGCUGCAGGCUUUGCUCAAGAAAAGAUCAAAAGUACUGCAGAGGGAGCUUCCUAGGCCUCCUGCUGCUUCAUUGGAACUAAUUAGAAAUUCUUUGAUGAGAGCUGACGAAGACAAGAGUUCCUUUGUUCCUCCUACCUUGAUUGAGCAGGCUGAUGAAAUGAUAAGAAAGGAACUUCUAACCUUGCUAGAGCAUGACAAUGCAAAAUAUCCACUUGAUGAGAAAGUUGAAAAGGAGAAAAAGAAAGGAGUCAAGCGCUCUACUGCUGGGAAAUCUGCUUUUGUCCCUGUGAUAGAAGAUUUUGAUGAAAAUGAGCUCCAAGAGGCUAAUCAUAUGGUAAAGGAAGAGGCUCAGUUUCUUUGCAUAGCAAUGGGACAUGAGAACGAAUCCCUUGAUGAAUUUGUUGAAGCACACAAGACAUGCUUAAACGACCUCAUGUACUUCCCUACCCGUAGUGCUUAUGGUCUCUCAAGUGUUGCUGGAAACAUGGAGAAACUCACAGCGCUGCAAAAUGAAUUCGAUAAUGUGAAGAAGAGGAUGGAUGAUGAUACUAAGAAGGCACAACGCCUUGAGCAGAAAAUAAAAGUUCUUACACAUGGUUAUCAGGUGCGGGCUGGAAAACUUUGGUCACAAAUUGAGGCUACCUUCAAGCAGAUGGAUACUGCUGGAACUGAACUGGAGUGCUUCCAGGCUUUACAAAAGCAAGAGCAGCUAGCAGCAUUACACAGGAUCAGAGGUUUGUGGGAGGAAGUCAAAAAGCAGAAGGAACUUGAGAAAAAUCUUCAGAGACGCUAUGGAGAUCUUGUAGCAGAGCAGGAAAGGAUACAAGCCCUUGUAAAUGAGUACCGAGUACAAGCUCAAAUACAAGAAGAAAUUGCAGCGAAGAAUCAUGCUCUUGAGCUGGCCAAAGAGGCAGCAAAUCAAGCUGUUAUGUCAACUACAGAAGUUCCUGAGCUGGUAGUCUCUUCAGAUGAGAUUGGGAACUCCAUCCCUGUUAACCUUUCUCAUGAUGAAAUUCUUGGUCAAGAGGUGGAUGCUGUCCAAAAAGAAGCCGAUGCAAGCCCAAAACACGAAAUGGAUAUUGAUGCAACGGAAAUUCUUGGUCAAGAGAUGGAUGCUGCCCAACAAGGAGCUCAUACAAGCCCAGAACACGAACUGGAUAUUGAUGCAAAGGAAGAGUCUGCCGCCCCAAAGGAAGAGCCUGCCCCCUCAACGGAAGAGCUUGCUGGCUCGAACAUGAAUACGAAUACAUCCAACAUGACAUCUGCUGCUGAAGUGGAGUAUGUAGUGGCUGUGCAAGAUGCAAAUGAAAAUUAUCAAAGCAGUGCUCCAAUUCAAGCUUCUCACGAUGAAGGAGAGAGACUUGAAGAUUCAAAUGUUGCAGGGGAGAUUGCAGUGGCAGAUGGUUCUGUUGAUUUAACAAGAGCAGUCGAGGAUAAGCAGGAAGCUGGGGGUCCAGAGGGUGUCUUGAGCAAACCAGAGGAACCUGUCCAAGAAACAGCCGAAGAUGGCAAUUGUGUUAAUGGAGAUAUCAUGCAGGUUUCUGGCAGCAAAGAGGAGAUUGUAAAUCUGUCCGAGGAACCCGUCCAUGGUGUAAACGCAUAAUUUUGUUCACCCAAAUUAUGAAUUAACAAAUCAUUUUAAUAUGAGACAUCAGACAACUGUUUUUAAAAUCAAUUUUGAGGUCUCAUUGUUCGUA